AUGUCGAGUGACGGUGUAGCUCGAGCUCUGGCUCUCACAGUCUCACUCUCGCUCUAUGUGGACGAACAGAGGAGAAAUGGCUAUGGCGGAGGGAGGAGCUUUAUCAAAGAGUAUGUCAACCGCCGGAGAAUGGAGAAAAAAGCUGCCGCCGUUGCCGGAAAAAACUUGAGGUUAGGCUUUAGUUCAAUCAAUGGACCGGAAAAGAGAAAAACCACUACUCGGAUGGCGGAAUCUCGCCAGGAGAAUGAGUUUCGUGUCAACGGCGGUGGUGUUUAUGAGAGUUUUGUGUUCCAAUGCUUCUCGCCGUAA